AAAAGUGUGGGUGGAGCACCUGGAGCCGCCGCCGCGGGCGCCAAAUUACCCAACGGCCUCGCGUGAAUUCUCGCCGCGUUGCCCCCAUCCGACUCCGAUCCCCGCAGAUCUACGGGGUGGAAAGGACAAUCGAAAAAAAAUUUACUUCGAGCGGCAGAGGGAUUCCCUACUCUCCUCCCCUUCCGUUCCCUCCCCCGCCCGCGCCGCGCCAACCAAACCCUCCCCCGAGCUCCCGCGCCCGCGAUGGACGCCGCCUCCGCAGCCGCCGGGCCCUCCUCUUCCGCCGCUGAAGCCGCGGCCGCCGGUCCCUCCUCUUCAGCCGCGGCCGCGAGGCCCUCCUCCUCCUCCGGCGCCGAGCCUCCCGCGGCCGCCGCCCAGCCGCCGCCUCCGGCGGCGGCUCCGCAGGUGCUGUUCCAGGUGCCCGUGCAGGUCGGCGGCGCCAGCAGCGGGAGCGGGAGCAGCGUCGCGCGGGCCUGCCGGCACCACGCGUACAGCCGCAAGCAGAAGUCGCUCGGCCUGCUCUGCUCCAACUUCGUGGCGCUGUACGACCGGGAGGACGUGGAGACGAUUGGGCUGGACGACGCGGCCAAGCGGCUCGGCGUCGAGCGCCGCCGGAUCUACGACAUCGUCAACGUGCUCGAGAGCGUCGGGAUUCUUGUGCGGAGGGCCAAGAAUCGGUACACGUGGCUCGGAUUCGGGGGAGUCCCUGCAGCGCUGAAAGAGCUCAAGGAGAGGGCGUUGAGGGAGAUGUCCGGAUCACCAGUGUUACUGCCCAUGGAGGAGUCAUCCACUGCUAAUCUCUCUGACGAUGAAGAUGAUAAAUUGGAGGAUGGUGAUGAGGAUGCUGAGAGCGAGAAGCUCAGCCAGUCCAUUGACAAUACAUCUGAUAAGCCUGACGCACCUGGCUGCCGCCUUAGAUCUGAUCAUCGGAAGGAGAAGUCCCUCGGGUUGCUCACUCAGAAUUUUGUCAAGCUCUUCCUCACCAUGGAGGUUGAGACGGUCUCACUGGAUGAAGCUGCUAGGCUUCUCCUUGGAGAGGGACAUGCUGAGAGCAAUAUGAGAACUAAAGUUCGGCGAUUGUAUGACAUUGCCAAUGUACUAUCUUCUUUGAACCUCAUUGAGAAGACACAGCAAGCUGAGACAAGAAAGCCUGCGUUCCGGUGGCUGGGCCAAGCAAAGCGAAUGCAAGAGAACAAUGUCACGGUUGCUCUAGCCCCUGUCAGGCCCAAUAAAAGAGCAUUUGGUACUGAUCUUACAAACAUUGACAAUAAGCGGGGCAGGUUGGACUCCGCAAUGGAGAACAAAGCCAAGCUCAUGCAGGGUGCUGGCAACAUAGUGAAGACUUUUGAGAGGCAGCUGGGGCAAGGAAACAGGAGUGACUUUGUUUAUGGGCCCUUCCACCCUGCUGUUGCAAAGAAACAGGAAACUGAUGAUCACACCAUUAAGCAGAAGGAGAGAAGGACCAUUCAGGACUGGGAAAACCUUGCUGUGUCCUUCCGUCCGCAAUACCAAAACCAAGCGUUGAAUGAUCUUUUUGGUCAUUAUGUGGAAGCAUGGAAAUCAUGGUACUUGGAUCUUACACGGGAAACAUCAUCAUGAAAUAGAAUUUUGGCAGGUCUGUUGUAAAUCAAUUCCAGUAGGCAGAUCAACUCAGUUGUUGAUGCAUGCUUAGGAACUGAUUUGUACAAGGUGUAAUAAAAAACAAAGGCAAUGUUGGCCUUUGAUUGAUUGUGUUUACUCAAAUGCAAGGAAUGAGGCCAUUUUAUCAAAAAGGAAAAAAGGCAGAAAAAUUGACCGAUAGUCACAUUGUUUGUUGACAAUCACUCCAUAGUCAACACUAAAGGUUACCAUUUCCAGUAUUUGUUUCGUUGUUCUAUCAAACAGCAUAAAGGAGUUGGUUUGGUAUGAUCACCAAGACACCAA